AUGCUGGAGCAGUCACUGAGUCAGGACACCCUGAACGACAGCGAUGGUUUCGAAGGCAGACAGAGCAAUGCCCCUACUCCACAUGAUGGUGCUUCGACGACUUUGUUAGUCCGAUACCAGACAUUGCUCGUACAAAUAUUCGAAACGCCGGAUCUUGCUGGCAUCACAGCACAGGAGCUGGAAAACUUCAAAAGAGACUUUCAGCAGUCUCGCCCAAAGGCGCCUGUGCCGGCCUCCAUGCUGGGGGAGAGUCAGACCAAGCCUGAUAUAGCUGUGGAAAAUGGUUCGCCUUCAUCAUAUGACCGAAAUGAUGCUCCUAAAGAGCUCGUACGAUCUGACCCUAGUGACGACCUUUCAGACUUGGGCUAUGUCGCAUCAAGCACACCACGCCGGAGGAGCCACAACACCACGCCCAGCUCCGUCCCGCCGCCAGCCUCCCUACCCCCGAUCGACGUCAAGAAGACCGAAUACCUCGACCUCAACUACGACUCCUUCCGCAACCUCACCCUCGAGGAUAUCGUCAACCAAAAUGACGUCUCUUUGGGCCCACCUAAGUCUAAGGAUCUCGAUAGCGCGAUGGAUCACCUACUGCGUCUACAGGUGAGACUCGAGGACGUCACAACUUCUGCGACCGCGGAAUGA